UUGUUCAUUCUCUCAUCCCUUAACUCUCGAGUUCAUCCACUGAUCUAUUCCCGGUUAGAUACUGUAACGUUAUCGAGAGGUAGCCACAAUCAUCAAAUAGCUAGAUAUGGACGAUUUUGACAUGCUCAGCGCACCACAGGCUGCGGCCGGCAAUGGGACGGACGAAGACCCCGCUGCCGCAUUCUUGGCCCAGCAAGAAAGCGAGAUCGCGGGGAUUGAGAACGACGAAGGAUUCAGCAUCCUGGACAGCGGAGAGGUUCCAACGUCGCUAGACAACAAUCUGACAGGCGACGCAAACGAUGCAGUGGAUGGUGCUGUUAAUGGGGACAUUCAUGAGGAGAGCAACGGCCCGUCUGAUGCAUACUCAGCCAUCUCCAGUGCCGACCGGCUGCAGGCUGAGCCAGAGAGCCUGCGUAAAUGGCGGGAGGAGCAGAGGGAGAGGCUCGAGGUCCUAGACGCUAACUCUCGUAAGCAGGAGUCUGAGUGGAAGGACAAGGCCAAGGUAGAGCUGGAGGAGUGGCACACUAGACAGGACGAGCAGCUGGAGAAGACUAAAGUGAACAACAGGGUGCUGGAUGAGGAUUUCUACAAACAACCCUUCUCUGACCUGAUUGGUUAUGUCACACACAUUAACCAUCCUUGCUACCGCCUAGACCAAGCGGCCGAGGAGGCCAUGCUGUCGGACAUGGACGAGAACAACCCGGGCACCGAGUGGGAGCGCGUGGCGCGCCUCUGCGACUUCAACCCAAAGUCCAGCAAGCAGGCCAAAGACGUGUCCCGCAUGCGCUCUGUCCUCAUCUCCCUCAAGCAGGCCCCUCUGGUCCGCUAACCCCAACCCUCUUCUCUCUGUUAGACGUCUCAAUUCAGUUCCUAACCCCUCCCCCUGGGCUCUAACCAUUCAGUGUUUGAAUAUCUGAAGGCUCUGAAUACGUACUGUAUAAGCAGUGUAGUGGUGGAGCUUCUUACAAUCCACCAUGUUGCUUUCACCUUACAGAUCUGUUAACAUUGAGGGGAAGGGAAUGAAUUGAGACGGCUGUAUCUCUACCCUUUGCUAACCCUCUCUGGACCCAGAUUGCAACCAAACUCUCAUAGGGAAAUGUAUCAUCCCACCUGCCUGACCUGGGGUCGUUCCCACCCAACCCACCUACCUGACCUGGGGUCGUUCCCUCCCACCCAACCCACCUACCUGACCUGGGGUCAUGUUCCCUCCCAACCCACCUACCUGACCUGGGGUCAUGUUCCCUCCCUCCCAACCCACCUACCUGACCUGGGGUCAUGUUCCCUC